AUGGAUGAGCCCCAGUCCAUAGAACCUGAGCCCACACCUGUUCGGUCUGUGUCUCCAGACCCCUUCGCUUCAGCAACUCCCGCCAUCUCAGCAUAUUCCUCCCCAGACCGCACCUUCUCAUCCGGCUCUUCGCGCUCUGCCUCCUCCGUGACAUCUACUGAUGCUCGAUCCACUGUAUCGACAUCGUCUCGCCGCCAUGGGUACAUCCGUGCCUUGGGGGCGGAAUUUUCGGAGUCUGCUCGACAUCGCGAUAGUGUUAUGAGUCUUGGGAGCAUUGCCCACCUACAGUACUACUUUGCUCGAACAGGUGUUCUGGAUGGAAAGACGGGCCGAAGCCGCGAAUAUAAGAAGAAAAGUAGGAACAAUGUACCCAGGCUUCUCAUCACUCCGAAUGAGGGACAGACCGACGACCUGAGUGCCAGCCCGACUGAUAUGACGGAUGACGACCCUGGCUUUGAAGAUGAGGAUGGAGAGGUGAUGCUCCCUCCCACAGUCAGCACAUACAGUAUAAAAACACACCAUAUCCCACCUCCGCCGGAUCUACUCACUUUACGCCGAGACCUUGAGACUGCACUAGCAAGGGCCGAAAGAGUUAUCGAACAAGUUUGGAAGGGAGAGGAGCUGACACUACGAGAACCAACACGAAUGAGCCUCUCCCCUGACGAUGUUCCCGAAACACCAGAGGCUGACCCAUCACGGGUCCCGACUCCACAGAAUAAGGAAGAAGCACAAGGAAUGUGCGUCUUGGAUGAUAUGACCAUGGCGAUCCGAUCAGCAAAAAUCUACUACUUUGCCCAUGAGCACCCGGAUCGCCUAGCGUCAAUUAAGACCGAGAAAGAACUUCGCCAGGAGCUUUUCAACGUCCUGGAAGUUUUGAAGCGUUGGGCAGCACGACAUUUCGUUUGUGGACUUCGUCCUGAUGAUCGGGAGGUGAUGAAUGGGUGGAUUGCUGGUGUGCGCAAGAUGAUAUCCAAAGAGAUGGCCCUAGAAGCUCUCGAUGCAAAGGAACGAGAGAAUUGGGAUUGGGCAAACGGAGAUUGGAGAGGUCGCGAGCGAGCGCGUGAAGAAUCUUUCCUUCGCAGCCUCAUGCCUGGGGGCAACACUCUCCCGACCUGGGAGGCCAUUGCCGAAGAUGCCGCUGAAUCCCUCGAACCCCUCCCUACCUUUAUGGAGAGGUUCCGAGAUGGCCGCAUUUUGGUUCAAUUGCACAACAUUGCAAUCAAGAAGUCCAAACGACAGUUUGGUGAAAUCACCACCUACCAUGAAGAUAUCGCUAAGCCGUACCGGCAAGCGGAGAAUCUGCGAUUCUGGGCCAAAGCCGCCGAGCUACGGUGGGAGCUACGAUUCCAGGUGGAUGUGAUGGGAGUAGUUCAAGGCAACAGCAAAGUUGUCUGGGAGCAAUUUGACGCUGCAUUGCUGUCCUGGUGCAAGAUAGUUCGUGAAGAGCUGGUUCGAGAUUGGCAAGCCGCCAAUCCUGGCCGACCUCCAAGCGCUGGCUUGAUUUAA